AUGUCGAGCCCUGGAUCUGACUGGCAGCCGAGCCCCGGUAUUGUGAAUGAGCUGGUGGGUCUCCUGCUCGAGCUCCAGAACCCCAGCUCCAACCAAUCCCAGGUGCUGGCGCGCCUGGAUGCUGCACGUGGCUCCCCCGACUACACCGGCUACCUGGCCUUCAUCUUCUCUGCCGGGGAGGGCCUGUCCCUGGAGGUGCGCCAGACGGCUGGCCUGCUGCUGAAGAACGGCCUCACCGCCUCACCGCCGCCACCCAUCAGCAGGCAAGCCUGGGCCCAGCUCCAGUCCGGCCUGCUGCGCAUGCUGCGCCACGAGGCGCGCCCGCUGCGCCACACGGCGGGCACCUGCGUGGCCGCGGCCGUGGGCGUGGCCGGCCUCCCCAACUGGCCCGAGCUGGUGCCGAGCCUGGCGGGGGCGCUGGCCCCCGAGGCCCCCCUGGCGGCCACCGAGGGGGCGCUGGACACCCUAUUCAAGCUGACGGAGGAGCAUCCACGCGCCCUGGAGGAGCGAGGCCCCGGCGAUGCCGGCGCCGCGCCCAACGAUACCCUGCUUCCGGCCGCUCUGCGCCUCUUCGCCCACCCCAGCCCGGGGGUCAGGGCGGGCGCAGUGGCGGCGCUCAACCUGGCCGCCACGGGCAUGCCCGCCUUCCUCUGCGAGGCCAUGGACGACUACCUGCAGGGCCUGUUUGGCCUGGCGCAUGACGGCGAGCCCACCGUGCGGCGCGACGUCUGCGCGGGGCUGGUGCAGGCCCUGACGCUGGCGCCGGAGCGCCUGCAGUCCUCCCUGCCCCAGCUCAUAGAGUACAUGCUGGGGUCCACGCAGGACGGUGAUGAGGCGGUGGCCAUCGAGUCCUGCGAGUUCUGGAGCGCGCUGUGCGAGUACGGCGACGACGCCACUGUCCUGCGCCCCUUCCUGCCCCGCCUCCUCCCUGUCCUGCUCAGCAACAUGGUUUUUGAGGAGCACGACGACGAGGUGGCGGAGGCCGAGGCGGCGGAGCAGGGCGCGGCCGCGGCCGGGAUCGGACACGCCGCGGAGCGCGCAGCCGAUAUCAAGCCCUUCGAGCAUGACUGGCGGGCUCAGGAGGCCUCCAUCCUGGCGCUAGGGGCCAUCAGCCAGGGCUGCACCACGGGGCUGGCCCCGCACCUGCAGGACCUGGUGGGCAUGCUGCUCCCCGCCACAGCGUCCCCUCGCCCCAUGGUCCGCUGCAUCGCCUCCUGGGCGCUGGCGCGGUACAGCCGCUGGAUGUUUGGCUGCGUGCCUGGGUCCAGCACCGUCCCGCAGGCCACCGUCACCACCGUCGUCCAGACCCUGGCGCAGCGUUGCCUGGACGCCAACCCGGUGGUCCAGAAGGCGGCUUGUGGGUCGCUGGCCACCCUGGUGGAGCUGGGGGGCGACGGACUCCCCCCCUCCGAGCUGGCGGCCAUCGCCGCGGCGCUGGCGGCGGCGGUGCAGCGGUACGGCCGACGCACGCUGCGCCACGCCUACGACGCCAUCGCCACGCUGGCGGAGCGCGUGGGCGGCGCGCUGGGCGUGGAGGGCGCGGCACGGGACGCCCUGCUCCCGCCCCUCUUCUCGCGCCUGCUGGGCCUGCCCGACGGCGACCCGGAGCUCCUGCCCCUGCUGGAGUGCCUCACCGCGGUGGCCCAGGCCUGCCCGGGCCAGGUACUGGAUCGGUAUGCGGAGCCCAGCUUCGGGCGAUGCGUGGGGCUGGUGGCCGCAGCGCAGGCGGGGGUCGCCAGUGGCGCGCUGGAGGAGGAGGAGGGGGCCCAGAUCCAGGUCUGCGCCCUGGACUUUGUGGCGGGGCUGGUCGAGUCCCUGGGCCCCAGCGUGGAGUCCCUGGUGGGCAACAGCCCCCUGCUGGACCUCGCCCAGAGAGCCUGCUCCCCACCCUCGCCCCCGGACGUCCGCCAGGCCGCGUUCGCGCUGGUGGGGGACCUGGCCGCCGCGUGCGCGCCGCACCUGCGCCCGCGCCUGCGCCAGCUGGCGGGCGCGGCCGUCGAGCAGCUGGCGCCCCCCUGCAUCACGGGGCGCACCAUCUCCGCCUGCAACAACGCGGCCUGGGCCAUGGGCGAGCUGACGGUGCGCUGCACGGGCGAGGAGGUUGCGCCUGUGGCGCAGGGCCUGCUGGAGCGCUAUGUCGGCAUCCUGCAGGCGGGCGCGGGGCAGCUGCCGCGCAGCCUGCGCGAGAACGCCGCCAUCUCCCUGGGCAGGCUGGCGCUGGUGUGCCCCGGGCCCCUGGCGCCGCACGCCUCGCACUUUGUCGCGCAGUGGUGCUCGGUCCUGGCGGGGGUCCGAGACGGCGAGGAGAAGGAGCACAGCGUGAGGGGCCUGUGCGCGCUCCUCGCGGGGGAUGCAGGCCCCGCGCUGCAGGCCUUCGUCCCCCUCUGCGCGGUGCUGGCGUCCUGGAAGGCCAUCCCGGGGGCCGAGGUGCUGGCAGAGUCCGCACAGCUGCUGCAGGGCCUGAAGGCCCAGCUGCAGGCCAUGAGUCAAUGGGACGCAGCCAUGCGCAGCCUGUCGCCUGCUGUGGCCCAGAAACUGGCUGCUGUAUAUGGCGUCUGA